AUGGGCGCCGUUGCCUGCGCCCCGUUGCAGCCGCCCUUGAUCGCCAGCUCGUCCGGCGGCCAGCAGCACCGCAGGGCCUCCAGCAGCGCCGGCAGCAUGCUCUCUGCCGGCCUCAAGCGCGAGCUGGAGACGGCGGCAUCCUCGUCCGCAGAGGCUGGCCCGGCGGCUGCAGCGACGAUGACGGCCUCGCGAGAGACCGCAGAGUCUGCGCCGGCCUCCGUCUCCCAGCAUCAUCACCAUCAGCAACAACAACAACAGCACCACCCGCAUGCCUCGACGACCAGCCUGCCCAGCUCGACGGCGGCCGCUUCGUCCAGCAUACACCAGCGACUGCCCGACAGGCAGCGGAUGAACGGCCAUGAGCUGCCUGCUGCCUCCCAGCCCGCCUUUCGGCCGGCCCAGGGCUCGCCUACAUCUACAACAGCAACAGCAACAACAUCUACAUCUACAACAACGUCUACAUCUACACCGUCUACCCGUAUAAAAGUCCGGGAUCUCUCGCAUAUCCAGUCGUUUGCCAGCGAGGAGGCCGCCGCCGCCGGGUCGUCGCAGCACCGGCCCGGCGGCCUGCAGCGUCAGUACGAGAUCAGCUCCAUGCCCGUGGGCGACGUGAUCGAGAUGGUGGCCGGCCUGCUCACCAAGAUCACCACGACCAACGACCGCCAGCACGAACACCUGCACCGACAUAUCCCCAGGGCCGAGCAGCGCUCGCUGCCGCCGCAGACCACCAGCGUGCUGGCGUUUCAUGGCAAGAAUGUGCCCGGCAUCACCAUCCUCAACUACCUCAGCCGCAUCCACAAGUACUGCCCGACCACCUACGAGGUCUUCAUCAGCCUGCUCGUCUACUUCGACCGCAUGACCGAGACCGUCAACUCGCAUCUCCUGCAGCAGAUGCACCGCCGCGCCCAUCUGCGGCCCAACCCGUCCAUACGCACCAUGUCGACCUCUUCCUCCAACAGACCGCAUACCUCUUCCUCUUCGCCCUUUUUCUCUCCGGCAAACGCCAAUCCCAAUAUUAAUAACAACAACAAUACCAUCAGCAGACGGUUCUCCUCCCGGCGGUCGACAGAGACCUCGAUUGCCCGGGCUGCAGUCGGCAAACAACACCUGCCCCCGACCUCGCCCGUCGAUCACCCCAUGCGGUCCCCUUCCGUCCAGGACCAGCACGACCAGGAGGCAGAGCACGACCUCAGCGACUCCGACGACGACGACCUCUCCGAUGUCUCCGAUGAGCUCAACUUUUCCCAUUUCCUCGUUGUAGAUAGCUAUAACAUACACCGCCUCGUCAUUGCGGGCGUCACCUGCGCCAGUAAAUUCUUCUCUGAUGUCUUUUACACUAAUUCCAGAUACGCCAAGGUUGGAGGCCUUCCGUUGAUAGAGCUGAACCACCUGGAGCUGCAAUUCCUGCUGCUCAACGACUUUCGUCUGGCCGUCCCCGUCGAGGAACUCGAGGCCUACGGCACCAUGCUUGUCCAGUUCUAUGCCAGGGAACUCGUUGCUCAACAGCAGCAGCAACAGCAGCAACAGCAACAACAACAACAACAACAACAACAGGGAACACCUCAGCCCGGUUCCAACGCCACGGCCACAAGCGCCAUGCAGCACCAGGGCGAUCCUCCGGCCCAGAACGACAGAUUCACACCAACACAUACAUAA